CUAAACAUCCGGGGUAUUGGGGCCGGAUGGAGUGAAGCUAAGAUGGCGGUGAUGGUCUUCCCUGUCGACUGGGUGAAAAGCUGGGAGAAAGGGGGCAAAGCCGAGUUUGUACAAUUAUGCCGCAGUCUUACAGAAAAUCGAGGCUAUGAUGAUGUUACGUUUAGAGAUAUCCAGCAGGCUCUGUAUGAGUUGGCAUGGCAUGUUAUAAAAGGCAACCUAAGGCAGGAACAAGCUGCCAGUGUUCUCAAUGAUGUAAUGGAACUUCGAGAUGAUAUGUCUUCAGUGCUGGCAGACGUUUUCUGCGUUCUAGACAUUGAAACGAGUUGCAUCGAAGAAAAAAGUAAAAGAGAUCAUUUUACUCAAUUGGUUUUAGCAUGUUUGUGUUUAGUUUCAGAGACAGUCCUCAAGGAACGCCUGGAUCCAGAGACAUUAGAAUCUCUUGGGCUUGUAAAGCAAUCGCAGCAGUUUAACCAGAAAUCUGUAAAAAUCAAAACCAAACUAUUUUAUAAGCAGCAGAAGUUUAAUUUGUUACGUGAAGAAAAUGAAGGCUAUGGGAAACUGUUUGCUGAGCUGGGCCAAGACUUGUCUGGAAAUCUCACAAGUGACCUCAUCCUGGAAAACAUCAAAUCACUCAUAGGAUGUUUCAACCUGGAUCCAAACCGAGUUUUGGAUAUUAUCUUAGAAGUAUAUGACUGCAGGCCGGAACAUGAUGACUUUUUUGUACCUUUGAUUGAGUCCUACAUGUACAUGUGUGAACCGCAGACUCUUUGUCAUAUCCUGGGCUUCAAGUUUAAAUUUUAUCAGGAGCCGAAUGGUGAGACGCCCCCUUCCCUCUAUCGAGUCGCUGCUAUACUACUACAGAAUAACUUGAUAGAGCUGGAAGAUCUUUAUUUACAUCUCCUACCUUCAGAUGCCAGUAUUAUCGAGCACCACAAACGGGAAAUAGUUGAAGCAAAGCAAAUCGCACGAAAGCUUACGCUGGUCGUUCUCUCUGCUGAUAAACCAGACGAGAAAGAGAAGGAGAAAGAAAAAGAGGAAGAAAAGAAUGAAAAGCCUCCUGACAAUCAGAAGCUUGGAUUAUUGGAAGCGCUGCUGAAAAUCGGUGAUUGGUAUCAUGCACAGUGCAUCAUGGAUCAGAUGCCACCUUUCUACGCGACCUCACAUAAGCCAAUAGCACUUGCUCUCUGCCAGUUGAUUCAUGUUAUCACAGAAGCCUUGUAUAGAAGAGUUGGUGUACCAAAGGGUGCAAAGGGAGCACAAGUUCCAUUGCUAAAGAAUGAAAGAGCUCCAAAGCCCACAGAAACAUUUGACGACUUGAGAAAGGAAGUCUUCAGCAUGCUGUGUUAUCUUGGACCUCAUCUUUGGCAUGAUCCGAUCUUGUUUGCCAAAGUGGUUCGUCUUGGGAAGGCUUUCAUGAAAGAGUAUUCAUCAGAUGGAGGUAAAACGGAUGACAGAGAAAAACUGGAAUCACUGGUGAGCUGUUUCCUCAGUAUUACAGACCAGGUCCUGCUCCCAUCACUUACCUUAAUGGAUUGCAAUGCCUGCAUGUCAGAAGAACUUUGGGGAAUGCUGAAAAACUUCCCGUACCAGCAUAGAUAUCGUUUAUAUGGCCAAUGGAAAAAUGACACCUACAGCAGCCAUCCUUUGCUUGUUAAAGUCAAAGCCCAGACAAUUGACAGAGCCAAGUACAUAAUGAAGCGACUGACUAAGGAAAAUGUGAAGCCUUCUGGAAGACAAAUUGGCAAACUCAGUCACAGUAACCCAACAAUCCUGUUUGAUUAUAUUUUAUCACAAAUUCAGAAGUACGACAAUUUAAUUACUCCGGUUGUGGAUUCUUUGAAAUACCUCACUUCCUUGAACUACGAUGUCCUAGCCUAUUGCAUCAUUGAAGCUUUGGCUAAUCCCGAGAAAGAGCGAAUGAAGCAUGACGACACUACCAUCUCUACCUGGUUGCAGAGUCUGGCCAGUUUUUGCGGUGCAAUUUUCAGAAAGUACCCGAUAGAACUUACUGGUCUUCUUCAGUAUGUAGCAAACCAACUGAAGGCUGGGAAAAGUUUUGAUCUGCUGAUCCUGAAAGAAGUGGUGCAGAAGAUGGCAGGAAUUGAAAUAACGGAGGAAAUGACAACUGAGCAGCUUGAAGCCAUGACUGGUGGUGAACAGUUGAAGGCCGAGGGCGGAUACUUUGGACAAAUCCGUAACACAAAGAAGUCAUCUCAGCGACUGAAAGAUGCACUGCUUGACCAUGACCUGGCACUCCCUCUUUGUCUGCUUAUGGCCCAGCAGAGGAACUGUGUGAUAUUCCAGGAGGGUGGUGAGAAACAUCUGAAAUUAGUUGGAAAAUUGUACGAUCAGUGUCACGAUACGCUGGUACAGUUUGGAGGAUUUCUAGCUUCAAAUCUAAGCACAGAAGACUACAUCAAACGAGUGCCUUCAAUCGAUGUUCUUUGCAACCAGUUUCACACCCCUCACGAUGCUGCAUUUUUCUUGUCACGGCCCAUGUAUGCACAUCACAUUUCGUCCAAAUAUGAUGAGCUGAAAAAAGCUGAGAAAGGGAACAAGCAACAACAGAAAGUUCACAAAUACAUCAGUGCCUGCGAAUUAGUCAUGGCACCCGUCCACGAUGCUGUGGUUUCGCUUCAUCUCCCCAAAGUGUGGGACGACAUCAGCCCUCAGUUCUACGCAACCUUUUGGUCCCUCUCUAUGUAUGACCUUGCUGUGCCCAGCACCAGUUACAACAGAGAAGUCAACAAGCAAAAGAUCCAAAUGAAAGCGAUUGAUGACAAUCAAGAGAUGCCUCUUAAUAAGAAGAAGAAGGAAAAGGAACGUUGCACCGCAUUACAAGACAAACUCCAGGAAGAGGAAAAGAAACAAAUGGAGCACGUUCAGAGGGUACUACAGAGGUUAAGGCUGGAAAAAGACAACUGGCUGCUAGCAAAAUCAACCAAAAACGAGACGAUCACCAAGUUCCUCCAACUGUGUAUCUUCCCAAGAUGCAUCUUCUCCGCCAUCGAUGCGGUUUACUGUGCAAAGUUUGUGGAAUUAGUUCAUCAGCUUAAGACGCCUAACUUUUCUACGCUUCUGUGUUAUGAUCGGGUCUUCUCUGAUAUAAUCUACACCGUUGCAAGCUGCACAGAAAAUGAGGCCAGUCGCUAUGGCAGGUUUCUCUGUAGUAUGUUAGAGACUGUCACCAGGUGGCACAGUGACAGAGCGAUCUAUGAAAAGGAAUGCGGUAAUUACCCAGGUUUUCUCACAAUUUUACGAGCUAGUGGAUUUGAUGGCGGAAACAAGGCUGACCAGUUAGACUAUGAGAAUUUCAGACACGUUGUACAUAAGUGGCAUUACAAAUUGACCAAAGCAUCCGUUCACUGCCUUGAAACUGGAGAGUACGUGCAUAUCCGGAACAUAUUGAUUGUUUUAACUAAAGUCCUCCCAUGGUAUCCAAAAGUGCUCAAUCUGGGUCAAGCGUUGGAGAGAAGAGUGCAUAAAAUCUGCCAGGAAGAAAAGGAGAAGAGGCCUGAUCUAUACGCUCUGGCUAUGGGCUAUUCUGGCCAGUUGAAAAGCAGGAAACUUUACAUGGUUCCUGAAAAUGAAUUCCACCACAAGGACCCACCAGCCAGGAGCACCACGCCUUCAACCGUUCAGAAUGGGCCAGGCACUCUCACACAACCCGCGGCAGCAACUGCCACUGCAACUAAACCAGAAGAGGGCUCUGCUGAGGAGACUGAUAAAUUGAAGGAGAAAUGUCAGAGUGCUGUCAAAGUUACUAACAAAGCUGCGAAUGCAACACCAAAAGUCGCAUCAAGCAAUGGAAGCAGUGCUGUAAAUAGCAACAAAACCACAAAAGAUAAAGAAGAAAAAGAAAAAAGUGGGAAAGAGAAAGAUAAGGAGAAGAAAGAUAAAACAAUCCAAGCUGUCACUCCAGAGGCAAAAAUAGGAAAAGACGGGAAGGAAAAAUCAAAAGAAGAAAGGAUGAACAAAGAGGAGAAAUCGCGGGAGAGCAAGGAAAAAACCCCGAAGACCGAGAAGGAGAAGGACAAGAUGAAGAAGGAAGACAAGAAUGCCAAGGAUGACAAGUCCAAGUUGACCUCGAGCAACACUGAAGCAAAAUCGCAUGGAGAAAAGGAGAAAGAUAAGGAGCCACUCAAGGAGAGAGAUGCACUGAAGGAUGGCAAAUCCAAGGAAAUUCAUACAGGCACUAAAGGAGGAGAAAAGUCAGGCACUGCUGGGUCCUUGAAGUCGCCGGUUCCACGUUCAGAAUCUGCUGAAUCUGAUAGGGAACAAAAACGGCGCAAACUUGAUUCCCACUCUUCACCAUCACAUUCCACAACAGUAAAGGAUGGUCUCGGUGAACACAAGGAGUCGUCAGCAAAGCACCAUAGCCCACAUCAUACCAACCAUAGCACAGGCACACAGUCUAAGAGCAAAGAAAGGGAGAUGGAGAAGAAAGAAGUGGAAAAGUUGAGGGAUCGAUCAAGAGAGAGGGAAAAGAAAGAAGAAAAGGAGAGGAAAGACCGUAAAAGGAUGAAAAGUGUUUUUUUGCAAUUCACUUCCCAGGAUCAUUCGAAUAGCGAUCGAGAAAAUGCACUAGAAUCAAAACGUCGUAAAGAUGAAAAUGGAACUGGUGGUUCUGGAAAGCGGAGUAAAAGUGGAAGCCCGGCAGAUUCCCCACGCCCGAGCGAGAAAGAGAAGAGCAAGAGUUCCAAAUCGGGUUCUGGCAAAGACCGGGACAAGAACGAUUCCAUUAAGUCUGAAAAAGUAGAAAAAAGUUCGACAGCCAGCAAAAAGGAAUCCAGACACGAUAAAGAAAAGGAGAAGAAAGAGAAACGCGAGAGCGGGGGUCUGAAAGACGACAAAAAACAUCAUAAAUCCUCAGAAAAACAUAGAUAAUGAAGAAUGAUCGAAAUAAACGGUGACCUUCCAUUGGAUUACAAGCUGCUGCCAUGGAUUUAUUUGUGCUACUGAAUUUGGAAUACAUGGACGACGUUUGCAAGGUUGGCAAGUCGAGAGGGAGAGAACGAGAGAGAGAGAGAGGACCUAACUGAAGCCUAUUAAAACAUUUUGUUCUGGAGAGAAUUCCUUUAACUCGAUUUUUCUUUUUGUUGGCCAUCGUUUAAAAGUUGCGUUGUGUUGUCUUUUAACUUGAUGUUCUGUCUGUAUGCAUGUUAUUUUCAGUAUAAUACCUGCCAACGGUUUGCUCUUUAAUAAGCACAAUGUGCUGUACGCUGCAAACCCAUGGAGCACAUUUUGUGGCCAGACACCCACGUCUGCUACAGACUGUCUGCAAACGUUCUGUCUUCACCUUUACGGCAACAAACAAUAUUUGUAUAUUAUGUAUACACUAUUCUAGUGAUUGUGUGUAAUUAAAAUCAGCCGUCGUUUAGUUUCCUGAUUAAAACUAUCCAGUGCAGCAUCUUGUGGUUACUUCAUGAUGUUUUUAAACAUUGCGAGGGUUUGUCCUCACAAGAUGAAAUUAGGUUGAAAUUGUACAACUGCAGGAGAUUUCUAUUUCCACGGACACUUAUGUUUAGUCAUAAAUUUUCAAAAUUGCAUUCGAAUUUUUUAUCUGCUGUAUUCUACCAGUGUAAUCUUUUUCUAAAUAAAUGGAUAGUUUUCUCAGUGGGUCAUA